AAUUGUCGAAAGUACUUGAAAAAAUGUGCAAGAAAUCAUCAUCAACGAAUAGAUAGUGUCAGGUCGAGGAUAAAAUAUGUGACAUUUGAAAGAAAAAUGUCACAUCAACGUUAUAUGAAUAUUAAACAUGAAAAAAACUUUAAAUGCAAUGUUGGCCUAAAAGUAAGGACCUGGUACUUGGGUAUCUUAGGUUUUUUAAUUGCUUCGUUAAUAAUAAUAAAUAAUUUUAUUACCAAUCAAUUUAAUAGUAGCAUCGAUCAUUUUGCCAAUGUUUCGAUACAAGAUAAUUUUAUAGAAAGAGAACAACGAAAAAUUAGUAUAGUAACAAAUACAGUGUUGGGAUUCAUUGUUCAUAAACAAGGAUGUCAAAUAGCAGAGCUUGAUCCAUUCAACGAAUUUGCGAAACAUUUUAUGGAAACAGAGAAUCCGUUGGAAUGUGAAUUUGGAAAUCAAUUGCCUCUUGUUGAGUCCAAUGAUACGGCUAUAUUUAUAAAUCCAGAUGCUCACAAUCAGUAUUAUAAUGAAACAGAAGUUGUUGCCGAUUGUUGUUGGCGGAUUUUCGAACGUAAAAAAAAUCAAGAUAAUUUUGUAAAAUACGAUCCAUUGUGUCACAAAUUUAAUAGCUCAACAACUAUAACAGCAGAAUUCAUAAAAGUAGAAUGUUUUAAAAAUAAUAAUAAUAAUAAUAAUAGUAAACAAAUAUAUCGUGAUUAUCAUUUCUUUGUACCACGAAAACCUAUUGUUGAAGAAAGAUGCCAUGCUGCCGAAAAAAAACGAAAAGAAGAAAGAAAAAAACACGAAACGGAAAAAGAUGAUAACAACAAUGAUAAUCAUUUAAGUAUUUUAAUUCUUGGAUUAGAUUCAGUAUCACGAAUGAAUUUUCACCGUAUGAUGCCAAAAACUAUCGAAACUCUUAAGUCAAUGGGUGCAAUUGAAAUGAUGGGUUAUAACAAAAUUGGGGAUAAUACUUAUCCAAAUCUCGUAUCAGUAUUAAGUGGAUUGUCAGAAAAAGAAUUUCGAUCAAAUUGUUGGAACAAUUCAAAAUUACCAUUUGAUAAAUGUCCAUUGAUAUGGAAAAACUUCAGUAAAUCAGGAUAUCGAACGAUAUUUGCCGAAGAUGCAUGUGCAAUGACAACAUUUAAUUAUCUUAAACCAGGAUUCCGAAAUCAACCAACAGAUUAUUACUUCCGACCGUAUUGCCUAGCAGCAGAAUCCGAUAUAGGCAAUACGCAUAAACUUAAUGCGGAUUUAUGUAUUGGCACACGCAAAACGUUUGAUAAUUUAUUGAACUACACUAAAAAAGUAGUUAGAGAAUUCAAUGGUGAUCGUUAUUUUGCAUUCUUUUGGGAAGCUAGUUUAACUCAUGAUUUUUUUAACUACCCGCAAUUGGGUGAUCUUCCUUACAGCGAAUCAAUUAGUUAUCUACAUAAUCAAGGUUUUCUUAAUAAUACGGUACUUAUUGUAAUGAGUGAUCAUGGAAUGCGAUGGGGUGAAUUUCGACAGACUUAUCAAGGAAGAAUUGAAGGUAGUCUUCCUCUAAUGUUUAUUAUUCUACCAGAAUGGUGGAAGAAAAAAUUUCCAUUAGCAGUAAAUAAUUUAAAACAAAAUACUGUUAGUUUAACUACUCCGUACGAUUUUCAUGAAACACUAAUGGAUUUUUUGCACCCCGAAAAUCUAACCGAUCAAGUUAUUCUUAGCCGCAUUAAUAAAAACAUGCCAAAUGAUAAAAAUAAUUCAUCAUUUCCACGUGGUAUAAGUUGGUUUUUAACAAUACCCGAUAAACGUAAUUGCUCAAUGGCGGGAAUACCUGGACAUUGGUGUAUGUGUCAUAAGAGUACUAAUAUCUCACACGAUGAUUCUGCUGUAAAGAAUGCUGCUGAUUUUAUAAUCAAUGAAUUGAAUACAAUGGUUAAUAAAAAGUAUCCACAGUGCUCAUUGUUGAAGUUAAGUAAAGUUAUUGAUGCUAAAGUAUGGAGCGCUCAUGGUGUUGAAAAAGACAAAGAUGAAGAGAGAUCGGUACCGUGGAUUGAUUAUACAAUUUCUAUUAAAACCAUACCGAGCAACGCAAUAUUUGAGGCAACAGUGAGACACGAUAAUACGGGUAAUAGUACGAUAGUGGGUUCUAUUGGCAGACUCAAUUCAUACGGUAAACAAAGUACUUGUGUUGAUGAUUUUAACAUGCGGUUAUACUGUUACUGCGGUUAA